AAAACAUUUGAGACAAUGAAAAGUCGUACUAAGCAUGGGAAGGAGCGUCAGGAUAAGUACUAUUAUCUUGCCAAGGAGCAGGGUUACCGUGCGAGGUCUGCUUUUAAGAUAAUUCAGUUAGCCAAGAAGUUCAACAUUUUUGAGAAUUGCAAUGUUCUUGUUGAUUUGUGUGCUGCUCCUGGUGGUUGGUUACAAGUAGCUUCUAAGCACUUACCGGUAUCGAGUAUCAUAAUUGGUGUCGACUUGGUACCUAUUCGUCCCAUUAAGGGUGUUGUUACUAUACAGGCUGACAUUAGAACCCAGCGAUGUCGUAAUUUGAUAAACCAGCAGCUUCGCGGUGCUGAGGUUGACGUGGUUCUUCAUGAUGGCGCUCCUAAUGUCGGUGCCAACUGGAACCUGGACGCUUUUAACCAGAAUGUAUUAGUCAUUGAGGCCGCUAAGUUAGCGUCAAAUGUCCUUCGUAAGGGUGGUAUAUUCGUUACUAAGAUCUUUAGAUCUGCUGAUUACAAUUCAUUGAUCUGGACUUUGGGCAAAUGUUUCGAUCGUGUCAAAGUGACGAAGCCAUCUAGUAGUCGUAAUGUAUCAGCUGAGAUUUUUGCAGUUUGUAUUGGUUUCCGUACUCUGAAGUCAUUAGACCCCAAGAUAUUCAACUGCGAGAAUGUAUUCAUUUCACAGGGUGGUGCUCCAGCGGAUGAACCUGAAGAGUCGACUAAACCAAGCUCGUUAUCGGAGUUAUUACGUCAGGUUAAGAAGGUAAACAAGGAAGGUUACGAGGAAGGUGACGACUUCCGUGAGUACAGCAUUAUCGAGUUUUUGACUAGUUCCAACCCUGCCGAGAUGCUGGUUUCCUCUAAUCGUUUUGUAUUUAGACUGGGAUCUAAGGCAUCGGGUAUUGAUAAUGAAGCCGAAUUAUUGCAGAAGGUGGAAUCGCAUUCGCUAACUACUGAAGAGAUUCGUUUACUAUGCUCUGAUCUUAAGGUUGCUGGUCGUUCUGAUUUACAGCGUUUAUUAAAAUGGCGUCAAAAGUUACACAAGGAAUUCUUUCCGGUGUCAAAGCCUGAAAAGCAUGUGGUUGAUACUGUUACUCCAGUGGAUGCAGAUGCUGAACCGGAGGAAGAGGCACUGAAUCGUGAGCAGAUUGCGGCUCUUGACCGUGUACGUAAAGAUUUACGUCGUACCGAACGUAAGCAACGUCGUGAAAUGAUGAAACACAAGAAGGCCUUGGCUGGCAGUGCUUCUAUUAGUAUAGAUGCAGAUCCCGAACUAUUCCGUUUGAGUACAUUGCGUGGUCAUGACAUUGACGAGAUAUUGGAUGAGGAUAAUGAAUCUGACAGUUCUUCUAAAGCGGGUGACGACUUCCUUUACGCUGGCAAUGAUAACGCGAGUGAUUAUUCGGACACGGAUUCCAUGGAACUUCAAUUCGAGACUGAUGACGAGGAUGACCGGGUAGCUCAGAUGGAAGUUGACCUAGAGGUGCAGCACGAGAUGUCAAAGUUAGCUGACGACCGUCAGCCCAAGGUUGCUAAGAAACUCACACGUCGUCAGCGUGUUUACCAGGAGCGGGGAGCUGAGUUAUCAUCACUUCUGGACAGUAUGCAAUAUGAAGCUCGCUUAAAGGCUCAGCAGGAAAUGCAGGAAUCAGAUGAAGAGGAAUCAAGUGAUGAGGAACCGGAAGUUACAGAGCCUGUACCACAGGCUGUUACAUUGGACAAUACCACCAAUGACAAGACCCAAUCGGCUGAUGAUGCUAUGGUUGACCGGUGGUUUGACCAGGAUGUAUUCCACGACAUGCCUCGUGAGACUGCGCGCAAGCGCAAGACUCGUGAAACCCCUAAUGACAAGAAGAAUAAGAAGGAACCCACUUUUACUGUGGUUCCUGCAGUUUCUGAUGCUGACGCUGUUGAGCGUGUUCGUGACGAGGUUGAGUUAGAGCUUACUCGUAACAAGGAGACUAUCGCUGAGGUCCAGGCCAUGGGAUCGUUAUUGAUAAACAAGAGUACUCGCAUGGCGCUUAUUGACGGUGCAUACAACAGGCGUACUUUUGAUGACGGUGAUUUACCGAGUUGGUUUGAAGACGAUGAGAAGAAGCACAGUAACUACGAGUUACCUGUUACCAAGGAGCUGAUGAAGCGUUACAGGGCCAAGCUGUAUGAACUAAAGAACCGUCCAAUUCGUAAGGUUCUUGAAGCUCGUGGCCGUCGAAAGAUGCGUGUUCAGCGUAAACUCAAGAGUGUAUUACCUCGUGUUGAGGCGUUGCAGAACAGUGAUACCGGUAGUGCCAAGACUGCCAAGAAGCUUCUUCGCAAGGUUCAGAACACUGCUGCCAACAAGCGUGAGAAGGUUUAUGUGGUAUCUCGUCGUGGCGGAGCUGCAUCUACGGCUCCUAGUGGUGGCAAGGGUGCUCGUAAGGUGACCAAGGUCGUUGACAAGCGCAUGAAGAAGGACAAUGUGCGGCAAAAGCGCAAGCCCAAAUCGCGUUCUCGUAAAGCUCAUUUAGUUCAUUCUGUAUCUAUUUGUGAGUUGGCGGAGCACUUUGAUUGUGUGUCGGCAGGACCGCGUUGCUUAGAUUCUGCUGUUUCUGUAUCCGAUAUCGGCAUAGAGAAGAAGUCAAGUGAGGAAUUGUGUCUAUCGGAUAUAGAGAAGGAGCUUUACGGCGAUAUCGAUGCAUCCUCGCUGCCUGAGUUGGUAGUAGACACGGUGUGUGACGAGGGUGUGAUUUGUACUUCACAUACCUGCAGUCAGCGUAUAGAGGCUCUAGAGGCUGAGGUGCGUCUGCUACGUGCUCAAAACGCGCAGCUGAUAGUAAAUUCAUGUGCCCUGUACAACACUUUGAUGCAGCACAUUGAGAAGCUGCGUCUAGGUAUUCAGGACGGUCAAUCAUCGCCUAAUUUAUAGAUUAAUGUUUUCUAAGUAAG